AUGAAACUUUGGACAUCACCCUGGGUGUCUUGCCUGGUGAUUCUCAUCUUGUGUUUUGGAUCAGAGUGCGGGACAGUCCGGAGAAAGGGGAGAUCCAAGAGGGAGUUGGUGCGCAUUACGGAGGCGAGAGCCACCAUCCCAGGGGCUUGUGCCACACGGCUGCCCCGGGGCAAACGCUCGCUGCCCGGCGUGGAGCGACGCGUGCUCCGCCAGCGCCGGCGCUCCUCUCACGCGGAGGAAAACUCUCCAGACCGGGGGAAAGCCGUCUAUUUCACCGGCAUGGGGGACCAGCUGCGACUCAAGCCCGGCGUGGAGAUUCCCAGAGGCAAUUUCACACUGGAGAUGUGGAUCAAACCGGAGGGAGGUCAGCGAUCGCCCACAGUGAUUGCAGGACUGUUUGACAAAUGCUUCUAUGCCUCCAGUGACCGAGGCUGGCUGCUGGGCAUCAAGGCAGUCAGUGAACAUGGGAACCGGGACCCUCGCUUCUUCUUCUCUCUCAAAACGGAUCGGGCCCACAAAGUGACCUCCAUACAUUCCAACGCGCGUUACACACCCAACCACUGGGCACACGUGGCAGUAACGUAUGAUGGCGUGUACAUGAGGUUCUUCAUCAAUGGGGCCCAAGUUGGAGCCAGUCGGGAGCAGUCUGGUGACGUCUUCAGUCAUCUGACCAAAAAGUGCAAAGUGCUGAUGAUCGGGGGGAAUGCCCUGAAUCACAAUUACAGGGGGGCGGUGGAACGGGUGGGUCUCUGGAGGCAGGCGCGAGGUCAGAGGGAUAUCAUCAGGGACAUGCAGGGCCACGAGGAUCCCCAAGAUCUACCUCAGCUGGUCAUUCGUGAAACGUUCGAGCACCCCGGCCGCAAGUGGCUAACUGUAAAAGAUGGUAGUUUCCCACGGCCUGAGAGAGCAGGGGGGGAACGACAAGGCAUCAUGGGCAGCGUUGGAGCUGGAAACGCUGAAGGAUUCCUGGACACAGCACUGGAUCCACCAGCUUGUGGCCAAACCGUGUGUGAUAAUGUCGAGGUCAUUGAAAACUACAAUCAGCUUUGGACCUUCCGCCGACCAAAGAAAGUGCAAUAUCGUGUCAUCAAUGUUUGGGAUGACGCAAAAACAAAGCCAACUGUGUCAGACCACCAAAUCCUUCUGCAGCACCAACAGCUUAACGAUGCCUUUAGCCGCUACAACAUUACCUGGGAGCUCAGCAUUCAUAACGUGACCAAUUCCUCCUUACGCAACCGCUUGAUUCUUGCAAACUGUGAUAUUAGCAGAGUUGGCGAUGAUGUAUGUGAUCCAGAAUGCAACCAUCCGCUGACCGGCUAUGAUGCAGGUGACUGCAUGUCCGGGUAUCGGAGCCGCUGUCCUGAGCAGAAGAGGGGAAACGGUGUGUGUGACCCUGAAUGUAACUGGGAAAACUUCUCCUAUGAUAAUGGCGACUGCUGUAACCCCAAUGUGACGGAUGUGACCAAGACAUGCUUCAACCGCUCCUCUCCACACAAAGCCUAUUUGGACGUGAAAGAGCUGAAGGAGAUUCUAUAUUUGGAUGGUUCAACUCACCUAAAUGUCUUCUUUGCCAAUUCGUCUGAUGAAGAUCUGGCAGGGGUUGCCACUUGGCCAUGGGACAAAGAGGCCCUCACACAUUUAGGUGGAAUGGUGUUGAAUCCCUCCUUCUACGGAACAUUUGGUCACACCGACACAAUGGUCCAUGAGAUAGGGCAUAGCCUUGGCUUAUACCAUGUGUUUAGAGGCAUAUCAGAAAUUGAAUCAUGCAAUGAUGCGUGUUUAGAAACUGAGCCCUCAAUGAUGACUGGAGAUCUGUGCGCUGACACCAAUCCUACUCCCAAGUACAAAGGCUGCAACGAUCCCCAGCCGGGCAAUGAAACCUGCGGCUGUAGGCAUUUCACACAAACGCCCUUUAACAACUACAUGAGUUAUGCAGAUGAUGCUUGUACAGACUCUUUCACACUGAACCAGGUGGCAAGGAUGCACUGUUACUUGGAUCUGAUCUACCAGACAUGGCAACCUGUCUCCAAGCCUCCCCUAGUGCCGAUGGCACCCCGAGUCGUGGAACAGCAUCAUAAUUCCCUCACCAUCGAAUGGUUUCCACCAAUAUCUGGACACUUUUACGACAGAGAAGUGGGAUCAGUGUGUGAUAAAUGUACAGAGGGUGGAGUUCUACUGCAGUAUGCCUUCAACUCCUCAUCUCCACGACCAUGCGACCCUUCUGGACACUGGUCCCCACGAGAGGCUGAAGGCCCUCCAGAUGUGGAGCAGGCAUGUGAGCCAAGUGUGCGCACGUGGAGCCCCAAUGCAGGAACUGAGCAAGGUGUUGUUGGCCUGUCGGAGUGCCCUGACCAGGGGUGCAUGCUUCAGCUGGAGUUCCCUUACCCUCUGGUCCCUGACUCCUUGACUGUGUGGAUCACAUUUUUCAAUUCAGAGGAAACGGCUCUGCCUGCUAUCCAUAACAUCUUGCUGCUGACGGUCAGUGGGGGCAACAUUUCGUUGGGCCCCAGUAAUGUUUUCUGUGACACCCCAUUGACUCUGAAGCUGGACGUUGAAGAGGAGGUGUACGGAGUACAGUUUUACACCAUGGAGCAGUACCUCGAGAUUGACGCCACUCUUUUGGCAUCCAAGCCAGACUGCAGACUUUGCAGGUAUUGCCAGCCACUACACUACCGCAUCUUGCGACAACCGGCCUUCGCUCAUGCUCCUUAUGGCCUGAUACUGAGUGAGCCUAUCCGUCGAUAUACAGACAGGGAUGUGACACCCCAUUCUGUCUAUACCUACCAAAUCCAAACAAUAUCCCGUAGAAGUGAGAGUGAGCCUUCUCCGCCGCUGGUGCAUGAGCUUGGGGCACUUUACUGUGGCGAUGGACGCAUCCAGAGUUCCCAGGGAGAAGAAUGUGAUGAUAUGAACUCCAUAAAUGGGGAUGGCUGCUCCAGUCAGUGCAAGAAAGAGAACCUUUUCAACUGUGUUGAUGAGCCAAGCAUGUGCUAUUACUACGACGGUGACGGGGUGUGUGAGGACUUUGAGCGAGAGACAAGUGUGAGAGACUGCGGCCUCUACACACCCAGUGGUUACCUGGACCAGUGGGCCUCCUCUGUUGACGUAUCCCAUGAAGAAAAGCCCUACUGCUCUGGUGAAGUGGCAGCUGGAUACCCUGCUGCCACCAAGGUCAGUCCAAGCACAGUUUGUCCCAUUGACACA